AUGGGUUCUUUGCAAGAAAGAAUUGCUUCUACUAAAAAGGGAUCUAUAACUUCGAUUCAAGCAGUUUAUGUACCUGCAGACGAUUUGACCGACCCUGCCCCUGGCACAACAUUUGCACAUUUGGAUGCUACUACCGUACACUCCAGAGGAUUAGCUUCCAAGGGUAUUUAUCCAACAGUAGAUCCUUUAGAUUCAACCUCGACUAUGUUACAGCCUCGGAUCAUUGGCAACGGACAUUAUGAAACUGCGCAAAGAGUUAAGGAAACUUUACAACGUUACAAAGAACUUCAGGACAUUAUUGCAAUUCUUGGCUUGGAUGAAUUAUUAGAAGAGGAUCGUUUAACUGUAGCAAGAGCAAGAAAAAUUGAGUGUUUCUUAUCACAACCAUUCUUUGUGGCAGAAGUUUUUACUGGUUCUCCAGGAAAGUAUGUUCCUCUUGCGGAAACUAUUAGGGGAUUUCAACUAAUCCUUUCCAGAGAAUUAGACGGCCUACCUGAGUAG